AUGGAAAAUUCAAAUAUUUUAUUUAGAAAUGAUGUUGCAGUAAUAGGAAUAGGGUUACGUUUUCCUGGAAAUGUAAAUUCACCUCAACAUUUUUGGGAAGCUUUGGAAAAUUCAUUUGAUGGAAUUGUCAGAGUUCCAAAAGAAAGAUGGUCAGAUACUUACCAUCAACAUCAAUUGAUCUCAAAUGAAAAUGCUGGAUUGCUGGAUUUCGAUGAAUGGAAAAAGUUUGAUCCAUUAUUCUUUGAAAUAUCACCUAAAGAUUCAGCGAUUCUUGAUCCACAAGAAAGAAUGAUGCUCACUCUUGCCUACGAAGCUUUAGAAGAUGCUCAAAUUCCAGUGAGGACUCUUCGUGAAUCAAACACUGGUGUAUUUGUUGGUGUUUCAAUUGUGGAUUAUCACCAUUUACAAACAAGCCAUUGUCAGUUGGAUCCAGCUCCAAAGGUAUUGUGUGAUUUCUUGACACAUUCUGUUAUUGCAAAUCGUGUUUCAUAUUGUUUUGAUUUCAGAGGUCCAUCGAUGUGUGUCGAUACUGCAUGUUCUUCAUCUUUAACUUCAACUGAUCUUGCAAUCAAAUUCAUUCAAGAUGGUGAAUGUGAUGUUGCACUUUCAUGUGGAACAAAUGCAAUCUUUGAUCCAAAUACAACAAUAAUGUAUAAUAAUCUUGGAGUUCUUGCAGAUCAUUGUCGUCCAUUCGAUCAAGAUGCAAAUGGAUUUGUUCGAGGUGAAGGAUGUGGUGUUGUUGUUUUGAAGAAACUUUCAUUGGCUGAAAGAGAUGGAAAUCGAAUUUAUGCAGUGAUUAAAGGAAGAGGAAUCAAUGCUGAUGGUCAUUGUAACAAGGAUUCAAUAUCUACUCCUUCAAAUACAAUUCAAUCUCAGAAUAUUAAACAAACACUUCAAAGAUCAAAUAUUGAUGCAUCACAAAUCUAUUAUGUUGAAGCACAUUCAACUGGAACUGUUGUUGGUGAUCCUAUUGAAGUAAAUGCAUUAAUCGAUGCAUUCUCUCAAAAUCACACACCAGAGAAACCAUUAAAGAUUGGAUCUGUCAAAUCCAACAUUGGACAUCUUGAAAGUGCAGCUGGAAUUGCAUCUCUCAUCAAAAAUAUAGAGCAAAUAAUAAAUGGUCGAACAAAAGAUCAAUAUUUUUUGAUUCCAAUCAGUGGAAAUUCAUCAUUUUCAAAUGAUAAAUAUUUUGAAUCAAUCAAACCCUAUCAAGAUAGAAUAUCAUUGAAAGAGUUUUCUCUCUAUCAAUCUUUGACAAAAUCAUUCCAUUCUCAAAGAAAAGUGAUUAUUGCUAAAAAUUGGGAUGAUUUCAAUUCAAAAUCAAUUGAAAUUGAAGGACAAACAACAAUCAAUAAUUCUCUAGAAAAGAAAUUGAUAUUUGUAUUUUGUGGACAAGGACCACAAUGGAAUCAAAUGGGAAUGAAUCUUUAUGAGAAUGAACCAAUAUUCAAAUCAAUAGUUGAUGAAUUAGAUUCUGCCCUCAAAGAAUAUUCUGGAUAUUCACUCAUUGAAAAGAUGAGAGAAAUUCCAAAUGAUUCAAAUGAUAUUCACAAUCCAAAUAUUGCACAACCAGCAUUGUUCUUAUUCCAAGUUGGACUUUUUGAACUUUAUCAUAAUUUUGGAUUGAAACCAUCAAUUGUUUUUGGCCAUAGUUUUGGAGAUAUUACAUCAGGAUAUAUUUCAGGAAAUUUAACAUUAUCAGAUGCAAUUAAAAUUGUUCAUUUGAGGGCAUCAUUCCAAAACGAAACAAUUGGAUCUGGAAGAAUGUUGGUUGUUGGAAUUGGUUCUGAUCAAUUCAACAAGAAUUAUCAAAAUCAAUUUGAAAAUCUUGAAAUUGCAUGUUAUAAUUCGAAUAAUUCAAUUGUAAUCACUGGAAACAAUGAUGAUUUGAAUGAAUUCGCAAAAAAAUUGAAACAAUCAGAUAUCUAUCAUACUUUCCUUCGAACUCCAUGUUCAUUCCAUUCUUCACAUCAAGAAGUUAUCAAAGACAAAGUAAUUAAUCAAAUCAAUAAUUUGAAAUCUAAAGCAUCUACAAUUCCAUGGUAUUCAACUGUAUCUGGUGAUUUGAAAUCAGAUGCAAUUGAUUCUCAAUAUAUUUAUGAUAAUAUCAGAAAUCCAGUAUAUUUCAAGAAGACAUUGGAUUCAAUUGUUCGAGAUCUCAAGGAUGAUUUGAAAGAUUAUGUUUUCAUUGAAAUAUCACCACAUCCAACUUUAUCAGGAUUGAUAACUCAAACAAUUCCUUCUGCAAAAGUGAUCUCACCAAUUCAAAGAAACAAAGAUGAACAAUUAUUAUUCAAAUCAUCAUUGGCAACACUUCAUUGUAUAGGUGUUAAUAUUGAUUUCAAAUCACAAUUCAAUCGAUUUGAUAUUUCAAAUCCAAUUUGGAGAGAUAAUUGUUCAAUUCUUCCUCGAUAUCAAUGGGAUUCUGAAAUCUAUUGGAGAGAAUCACAUCAAUCAAAAUCCAAAAGAUUGGAUGGACCUUUAACUUCAAUUCUUGGAAAACGAUCAGUUUUCAAUGGAAAUGAAUGUUAUCUAUCUGAUAUUGAUAUUGGAAGUAAACCAUUUGAAUAUUUGAAAGAUCAUCAAGUAAAAGAUCGUCCUAUUCUUCCAGGUGCUGCUUAUGUAGAAGCAAUCAUUGAAAUUUUCCAAUCUAAAAAACAAGAUAUUAUAAUAGAUAGAUUGGAAUUCAUCAAACCUUUCUUUUUGAACCAAAAUGGUCAAUCUCAGAAAUUGAUGACGAAUAUUGAAAAUAUUUCGAAACCUGAAUAUAAUUUGAAUUUCUACAACAAGAAUUCAGAUUAUUAUGAUUCAAAUGAUGAAUGGUUCCAUUCUGCAAAAUCAUCGGUUACCUUGGUUCAAAAUUCAAAUCAAACCAUUGAUUUUGAAUCAUUCAAGAAUCAAUGUAAUUUGACAACUUUAACUCAAGAAGAAUUAUACAAGAAGACUCUGAGAGUUGGAUUAAGAUACGGACCCGCAUUUCAACAUAUCAAAUCAAUAUCGAUUGGAAAUCAAAAGUCAUUUUCAACUUUACAAACCAAAUCAACAUUGAAUGCACCUUCGAAAAUUCUAAAUUCAACUUUGAUUGAUAAUUGUGCUCAAGGAUUGAUUGGUAUUCUUGAAGAUCGAAGACAAUUCAUUUUCAAAUCAAUCGAUAAAAUGAGAAUCAAUUAUCAAAGUCUUCAAGAAUUAGAAUCAAAUCCACCAGAUCAAUUAUUCUUAAUGACAAAAAUUCUAGAACAUAGUAAUUAUGAAUGUACUGGAAACAGUUUACUUGUUCAUCCAAAUGGUCAAUUGAUUUUAGAAAUGAAGAGAUUCACUGUUGGAACGAAUGAAAGAUUGAAGAUGAAGAAAAUCAAAUAUCCAGAUCAAGAAUUAUUUGAAUCUUUCAAACAAUCAAAAGAAUCAACCCUUUCAAAUCCCAAAGAUAUAAUUCCAUCACCACUCGUUGAGGAUUCUUUGGAAGGUCUAAAAAUCAAUCAUUAUAGAACUGAUUUCAUCAAGUCUAUUUAUUCAUUAUUUUUGAAUAAUAUUCCUAACUUCGAUCUUUCUCAAGUACUUAAUCAAACAAUUCAAGAAUCAAUGAUAAAAUUCAAAUUCAUUUCAAAUGAUACAAAUUUCAAAUUAUUUUCGAGAAUGGUUGAAAUUUUGAAAGAAGAAAAAGAAUUUUUAUCAUCUUGUGAUUUAAAAGAUCGAAAAUUAAUCCUUGAUGAUAUAUCUUUUUAUAAUACUGUUGAAUUAGGAAUUCAAUUAAUCUUUGAAACUUUGCGCGGAAAUGAUGAAUAUGGAGAACAAUUAUUCAAAGAUGGUGUAAUUUCUAAUAUAUACAAAUCUUCAUAUAUUCAAUACUAUUUCAAACAAACGUCAUUCAUUGCUGUUGAAUCGAUUUCAAAAUCAAUCGAAAAAUCAAAUUCAAAGAGAAUAAUCAAGAUUCUUGAAAUUGGAGGUGGAACUGGAACAGUAACAAACUAUUUAAUUCCAGAACUUGAUGAAAUGUUAUAUUCACUUGGUGAUCAAAAUGUUGAGGUUGUGUAUACAUUCUCAGAUGUUUCUUCAUUCUUUGUCAAUCCAAUGAAAGAUAAAUAUUCGAAUCAUUUCAAAUUCAAAUCAAAUUUGAAAAUGAAAUUCAAAGUGAUUGAUUUGGAUCAAGAUUUAUCAGAUCAAGGACUCUUGAAAUCAUCAUAUGACAUGAUUGUCAUGUCUCUGGUGAUUCAUGUUUGUCCAAAUAUAAGAUCAGCAAUUUCAAAUUGUCAUCAAAUUCUUUCCCCAAAUGGAAUAUUAUUAUUUGCAGAACCGGCCUAUAAAAACAUCAUCCCAGAUAUGUUGUUUGGAGGUUUCAAACAAUAUUGGAGUUAUAAUGAUGAUCGUGAUCAUUGUGCGCUCAAACCAAAUCAAUGGGUGGAAUUACUUUCUGAAAAUUAUCAAUUCAAAAAUAUCAGAAUACUUAGUCCAAAUGAUUCAAAUGGAAAUCAACUUCCACCUAAUCAAGGAUUGCUAUUUAUAAUUCAUUGUCAGAAACAUUCCAUUGACACUCUCAAAAUCAAUAACAUUGAACAACUAUCAAUUAUAAUCGAUGAAAAUCAAACAAUUCCAAUUGAAUAUUUUGAAAGCUAUUCAAAUCAGCAAAUUUCAUUGAUAAAUUCAAAUGAGAUUGAUUUGAAAUCAAACUUUCUCCUAAACUCUACUCAAAUUCUAUUUUUCCCAUCAAUUUUAGAUCAAUCAAUUGAUAACUAUCAAAAAACAAUAUUUUCAUUAAUCCAAUUGUUACAAAUGUUCACAUAUCAAGAGAGUCAACCUCGAAUCACAGUUGUCAUCAAAAAUAAUGAAUCAUCAAAUUAUUUAUCAAACUCUAUUAUUGGAAUUAUAAAUACAGCAUUUAUUGAUCAUAGAGAAUUGGAUUUAUUAAUAAUUGAUAUUGAUUCGCCUUUGAAUAAUGAUAAUAUUAAUUCAAUACUUCUUUUAUCGCAAAACAAAGAAUCACUAGGUGAAUUACAAUAUAGUAUCAUUGAUAACGUUCCAAUGGUUCAAAGAGAAUUCAAUAUCAAAGAUGAUAUUUUACAAUAUUCAAAUGCACAUGAAACAAAUAAUGAGAAUCUAUUAACAUUUGCAAAUUUGAAUCUCGAUUUCAAACUGAAGAAUAGAAGAGAGUUGAAACCAAAUGAAAUAGAGUUUGAAGUGAAAUCAGCUGGAAUUAAUUUCAAAAAUUAUUUAUAUCAUCUCCAAUUACUUCCUCAAAAAAUGAUGGUUGGAGGUGAUAUCUAUCAUCCACCAUUGUCCAAUGAAGGAUCUGGAGUAAUUUCAAGAGUUGGAAGUGAUGUAAAAGAUUUCAAAGUUGGUGAUGAAGUUAUGGCUUAUAAUAUACAAAAUGUUUUGACAUCUCAUGCAAUAUCGGAUCAAUCUUGUAUUAUUUUUAAACCAAAAGAACUUUCUCAUAAUGAAUGUGCAUCGAUUUCAGUUACUUACACCACUGUUUAUCAUUCAUUGUUUGAAAUUUGUAAUUUCGAUGCAAAGAAGGAUAUAAUAUUAAUUCAUGGUGCAACUGGUGGUGUUGGAAUUGCAGCAUUGAAUGUCUUGAGAAUGUUGAAGUGUAACCGAGUUUACGCAACCGCUGGAUCACAAGAAAAGAUUGAUUAUCUCAAAUCAAAUUAUUCAGAUAUUUUAAUUGAUGUUUUCAAUUCAUAUUCAAAUGAAUUUGCAGAUAAAAUCAAAGAACAAUGUAACGGUGUCGAUGUUCUCAUCAAUACAUUACCAGUUGAAUAUAUGAAGGAGAAUUUCGAAUCAAUGGCACCAUUUGGAAGAAUUGCAGAUAUUGUUGGCACUCAUGUAUUCAAUGAUAAUAUAUUAGGAUAUGGUCAAUUCAGAAAUGAUGUAAAAUACUGUUGUACUGAUUUACAAUAUAGAUUCUAUCUUAGAACUGAAUAUUGUACUAAUAUUCAAAAAGCAGUUAUCCAGGAUAUUGUAUCUGGAAGACUACAAUUGACACCAAUCAUAUCUUUUGACAGUUUAGAAUCAAAGAAAGCAUUCAAUCAUAUGAAAGAAAGAAAACAAAUUGGUAAAAUUGUUAUAGAUUGUUCAAAUAUUCAAGAAACAACUCUCAAACAAUUGAUAGAAUCAAAAGAUAGAAAACCAUUACCAAAGAUUGAUUUCAAAGUUGAUAUCUCAAAUACAAUCAUUGUCACCGGUCAAAGUGGUUUAGCACUUGAAUUGGUUCCUUGGCUUGCCAAACAUUCAAAUGCAUCUGAUAUCGUCGUUCUUUCAAAAUCAAAAUUGAAUAAUAGAAUGAAUCAAAUCAUAAAUUCAACAAAAUCAACAAGAAUUCAUUUCUAUCAAACCGAUAUCUCUGAUAUCAAUGAAUUAAAAUCAAGAAUUGAAUCAGUUUCAAAAUCAAUGCUACCAAUUGAAACAAUAUUCCAUCUUGCUACCAUUCUUGAAUCAUUCUCAAUUAAUGAAGUGACACCGGAGAAUAUCAAGAAAGUUCAUGAUCCAAAGGUUGUUGGUGCUUAUAAUCUCCAUACUCUAUCGAUAGAUUUAAGUUUACCUUUGAAACAAUUCAUUGUUUUUUCAUCAGUAUCUGGAUAUAGUGGUGAAGCAUCACAACCAUCAUAUAAUUCAGCAUGUCUGGCCGUUGAUGGAUUGUGUAAAUAUAGAAAUAAUAUUCUUGGAUUGAAAUCGAAAUCAAUCAGAUUAGGCCCAAUUCUUGGUGAAGGAACUGUUGCUGAAUCUGAAGGAAUUAAAGAAUUCUUCGUUUCAAGAGGUGUUUAUCCAAUUCCAUUAUCAAAAUUCUUUGGAGGACUUGAAGCAAUUAUUUCCCAACCUCUUUACUGUAAUCCAAUACUUUCGAGACUCAAUUCUGUCCAUUUAUAUGAAGUACAUUUGCAUAACCAAUAUGGAAUGGAUCAUUUGGUUUUUGGUGAAACUGGAAAAUCAAACACACUAAAUAUGAAUAUUGAUCCACUCGAAACAAUUUUAGAUGGUUUUUCUUCACUACUUUCAAUUCCAAAACAAAAACUGAGAGUAGAUACACCACUCAAGAAUUUUGGAGUUGAUUCAUUGAUGACAGUUCAAGUCAAAUUCUUUUUAGACACAAACAUUGAACAAGAUAUUUUCACGAUUUCCCAAAUCCCCAACUUGACAAUCAAUAGUAUUUAUACAUCUCUUUUAAAUCGUAAAAACUAUAAGAAAUAA